AUGAAAUCCUCCGACGUCGACUGCAGAGAUGCGAUGGACAACGGCCCGUUUGCGGCCAAUGUCGACGCUUCGGCACGGGAAGAGGACUGUGAGUACACGGACAACUACUCGCGUGCGAGGGCAGAGGUUCUUGAGGAAGACAUCAGUCGGAUUCAGUUCCGUAUUCAUCAGCUCGAGCAUCCACAGGAAGCUAAAACGGACGUCAUGUUGCUCGAUCCGUACUAG